CUGGCUCAGAGAUGCAGAGUCCCUCAGCAGUAGCUGGCCCCUUCUCAGAUCCCCUGAGGCUCCAGCUCCUCAUCCUGCUACUCUCGGGCCUCUGGUUGCUCCAAGGACCUUGCAGUCAUUUCUCUCUUACCUGUGGAUUGGGCUUUUUUUCCCUUGCUUUGGUUUUCCCUGACCCUGUUGGAAUCCACCAGAAUGUGAGUUGUCUUCUCUGUUAUGACCCAUUCCCUCCACCUGCAGAAUUGCAGCUCCCCAGACCCUCUUGUGUGGUACAUGUUACUGAGACCCUGACCCACCUGGGAACCUGUUUCUUCUCCAAGGACUGGAGUCUUUUGCUUCUUUAGCUUUCCCCAACCUGACAUCUUUUCAGCCAUGGUGACUCAGUUCCUGCCCUCAGCUUAAACGGCAUUGCAUAAGAAUUGUCAGGGUCUUUGCCACUUUUUUCUCCUUUCAUCUCAGCAAGAGCUUCACUGACUGUACUUGGUAAUGAUAAUGCCAGGUCUGAGCCACAGCAGCAGCAGCAUAUAGGGAGAGGAUGUGCUCCAUCGGCCGGAGGCUAAGCCACUUAACACUGAGAUCCCAAGCCCCUACUCUGAACCUUUGUGGGACAGUUAUGCUGGUGGGCAGGCUGUGGCAGUUGUGUGUGUGCAUGUGUGGUUGGCCCAUCAUGGUCACAGGUGGAGUCUUGGAACUGGGGACAGAGAGUGGGCUCAAAUUCCCAAUUCUUGUGGGCAUUUUAGAACUGGAACCACUUUGGCAGUUUUGGGACAGCCAGCUCUGACCCCUUGCCAAAGACACACAUUUGAUGACCUGUGCAAUGAGACAAUGAUCAAAGUACACCAGGACCGUCAGUGAAGGAAAAAGCAGAGCUAGAGGAGAAGAGAGGGAGGUGCCACCUUGAUCCAGCUGAAGCAUUUCCAGGAGGCUUCCUCCGGAUGCCACAUCGCGGCUGCCCUUCUGCUGUAGCACGGAGCUGGUGAUUGCCGAGUGUGUGGACAUGGCUUUGCUCAGCAACAUCCUAGCGGCCUAUUCCUUUGUCUCAGAAAACCCCGAGCGAGCCGCUCUGUACUUCGUCUCCGGCGUGUGCAUCGGGCUGGUGCUCACGCUGGCGGCCCUGGUGAUGAGGCUCUCCUGCCGCACCGACUGCCGGCCGCGUCCCCGCAAGAAGUUCCUGCAGGACCGGGGGAGCAGCAGCGACAGCAGCGACAGCGAGGAUGGCAGCUCAGACACCGCGUCCGACAUCUCGGUCCGGAGACACCGCCGCUUCGAAAGGACUUUGAACAAGAACGUGUUCACCUCGGCCGAGGAGCUGGAGCGCGCGCAGCGGCUGGAGGAGCGGGAGCGCAUCAUCCGGGAGAUCUGGAUGAACGGCCAGCCCGACGGCCCCGGCACCAGGAGCCUGAACCGCUACUACUAGCGGCGCCCGGGCCGCCCCCGCCAGGCUCCGCAGCGCGCGGGCGUCCGUCGGCUGAACGCGCUUCUGCUGAAGGCCUGGAGCAGAGCUACUUUUGCAGCCGGGGGACGGGGGGCCUGAGCUUCCCUUCCCGACUAGAUGUAUGCAGAAGUAGAAAACCCAAGUCAGUUCAUCAACCUUUCCAGGUCGCGGAAUGGUGCUGAAGACCCCUCUCCAACUACGUGGAUGGAGAAUUAGAGAAACGGGACUGUGGUUUCUCUUGAUUUCUGAGGAUCUCAGAGGUUUCUGCAGACUUCCUUGCUGUGUGUUAUUCCUUUACAAAAGGAAGAGUAUCAUGGCAUGAGGGCUAGGAAUAGCAGGGUGAACUUAACCCCGUAAAUGCAAUUUUCUAAACGACCCCAUGCUACGGAGGUGAUUCUCAUCCGGCUAGCGUGAUUUAUGAUUAUUAUUUAAGGCUGAUUUUUGACAAUCUUGUGUUGCGACGGCAACCUUGUCCAUUUUAACUGGCACCUCAGGGAUUAAAAUCCUAUUUUUUAGUAGAGUUCCCACCUCAUUCAUGAAAAUGGGUAGAAUUAAUGUAUUAUGGGAGAUGUGUCAGUGAGCUAGAAAAUAUCAAUAACCUCAAAGGAUGAAGGGUUUUAUUUUAAAUAGUUUAUAAAAUAUAUAUUAACACGCGUAUCUGAAGAUGCUGCAUAAGAAUAAAAAUUGUUUUCACCCCUUUCGGAAAGAAGACAUUUUGUUAUGACUCUAGAUAAUUAUGAUUUUAAACAUUUUGUUUUUUUAAAAAAAGUUUGGAUUUCCAAGAAAAGAAUGGGAAUGGGAGAGGAGGAAUAAAGCCAAAAUUAGGAUGAGAUUUAAAAAAUAAUAAAUAUUACAUAAAAUCUU